UCAAAAAUCAGCAGCAGCAACUUUGGAGGAAGGUAAUCGUUUUACAGCUGACAGAUUUGCUACUUGGGGGCCCAGCACGGAGCUGAUCUUUGCAGAUCAUUUUUUUUCCCCAAAAUUCAUGAACUUCUCAGCCACAUUUCAAAGGCGGAUCUUUUCUCAACCCAGUCCUACAGACGUUCCAAUGGUGCACUCACCGUCACUGUAACUGAGUCCUUUCACCUCCCCAAGCAUUAGAACCUUCUCUAGAAAGCAAGGUUUUCAUAUUAUCUGAGGCCAAAAAUGGGCUAAAACUGGCUGUGUUAGUCUGUGCAUGGGAUGAGAACCGCUAAUUUCAGGAAAUGAAAUGCCCUUUAGAAUUUUGGCUACAAAAAUCCACCAGCAUUUACAAAUGAAACACUGAACUGUUCCUAUUGAGAAAAAAAGAUACUCGAUGGUCUGAGCACCUGAAGUGUGAUUUUUUGAUGUUACCCUUGAAAAAAGAUAAGAACCACAGAAGCAUCCCAAGAAGUCAUGUUACAGAAAAAGGUGGUGGCAUUACAGAAACGAGGGGAGACCAGGGCCCUAUGGCUAGGUUUGGGAAUGAUGGCCUGCUCAGCAAUGAUGUAUCUUUUUAUUGGUAUCGUCCUGGUGCCUUUACAUAGAGGAAGUGUCUGGGCUGAUGAAGGUGAAUGCAAUGUAGUGACAGCUAACAUCAAGGAAAAGGUCCAUUGUUCAUUCAUUGAAGGCUCUGAGGAUAAAAAUAUUUUUCACUAUCCUUGUCUGGAAAUCUAUGUGAAUUUAACCCAUUUAGGGCAAUUAGUCAUGCUCUACCACACAGAGAUCACUGUGGACAGAAAUCCCAAGUGCUCUUAUAUACCGCCUGAUAUGGAGAAUUAUAAAAAAGUUCAGCAGCAUGUAGAAAUGAUAAGAGACAAUUUCAGAAAGCAUCAGAGGUUUCUUUGCCAUUAUGACCCAUCAAGGAAAGAAAAGAGCGUCCUUUUCAAGAGAUUGUAUCCUCCAGAAGGCCUUCUCAUUGCUUUUGCCUGGCCAACUGUGCUACUGAUUGGUGGAAUCUUGAUAGUCAUCUUGGUGAAACUAAGUCAGUAUCUUGCCUUAGUCUCUGCUAAACAACGCAGAACACUCAUAUAGCUUUUUCUAACUAAGAUCUGGAUUUUGCAUUCACUUUUGUACAGGUCGUCCUUGACUUACAACAGUUCAUUUAGUGACUGCUCAAACUUACAAAUGGCACUGAAAAAGGGGACUUAUGACCGUCUUUCAUACUUAUGACCCUUGCGGCAUUCCAGGAGUUAUGUGAUCACCUUUUGCAAUCUUCUUACAAGCCAAAUCAAUGGGGAAGCCAGAUUCACUUAACAACUGUGUUACUAACUUAACAACUGCAACUGCAAUAAUUCACUUAACAACUGUGGCAAAGGUUAUAAAAUGGGGCCAAAUUCACUUAACACAUUUUUCACUUAGCAACAGAAAUGUUGGGCUCAGUUAUGGUCGUAAAUCAAGGAUUACCUGUAUUAGAGGCAAAUCGGGAGUAAGUUCUCAAGUUUACACUGAGGAUAAAUAACACUGCAGUAAAGAUAAGGAAAAUAUAGAUAAGAGGAGACAUCAAAUUAGACAGGAGACAUUCAAAUUAUACUUGUCUGAGUUCACCACAUUUUUUACAAAUUCAGUUAUAUUAUUUAGAUUUGACAAAAUACCUUUUGUUAAUAUUUCUAGUCAUCGUGAGGAAUUUGGAUGAGGUAGCUGAUUUAAUUUUUGUUUACAUGAUCACUGAACCAUGUAAGCACUUUCUCCAUUGAAGGGGCGUUCUUGCCUCUGUAAAAUAGCUAAUGAAUUUCUGAGGUUAUCCUUAACAAACUGAAGCAAGCUAUCCCAAAGAAACAGAAGUGCUCUAGGCAACAUAACACGGAAAAUUGUGUUUUGGAAAGUGGAGCAGAAAAAUGCACCGUGAGUUACUUCGAUAUUCAGUAUGAAAUUAACAGGAUGGUUGCUGUCUCUUUCUGUCCUCCAGAAAAUGAGGGUUGGUCUAUUGUGGUGACAUGACAACCAGGCAACAUAUUAUUAUUAUUUUAAAUCAGUUUAUUCUAAGCAUUUUCCAAAUUCAUUUUUAAGAAAAUGAACAUCUAAGUAUCUGAUUAACCCUGAGGUAAUGAGUAAGUGAAAGUGAACUUACAUUUUCUUUCCUAACCUCCUUCCUUAGAGGUCAUCUCAAAAUUCAGGUGAUAAUAAAAAGAUUUUGUAUUUCAAGUUUAGAAAAUUAGGCAAAUUACUGAGGCAUGUUAAUGCAGCAUACACUUUUAUCCCUGCAAGAUCAGUUUAUUAUAUGGAAUGGCAGAUUCUGUUAAACUGAUGAUAACAAAAACUAUCUAUCCAGUAACUGUGGGAUAGAAGAACAUACAUUUUUCAGUUGUAACGAAUCUGCAGGGAGUAAAAAUGCACUUAUUUUAAUUAGAUUAUUCAAGGUGCAGUUUAUAUGAUUUUCUUCACCAGCCUUGAAGCAAGCACCAUAAAAAACUCAAUGUACUAUUAAAUUACUAUGAUGCACUACUGUAGUCAUUAUCAUUAGCUGUGCAUUAAGCUAACAUUUAUAGCUUUAGUGCUCAGUGAACUGCACAGCUGCCUGCCUAUGUGUUGCCUAAAGCCAUAGUUAACACAUUCACAGAAGCUUCUUAAAAGCAGAUUCUAACUAUCAGUCCAAUAGCAGCUUGAGCUAAAGAAAUUAUGUCUGUGCAAUGUUUUCUAAUGAGCAACUCUUCACUGCUUACUACAAAGCAAUUAUUUUGCCAUAAUGAAUUGGCACUUGCAACAGAAAGCGUGGGUUGGUUAAAGGGAUAUUACCUGCUUUGAACACCAAUUUGUUCAGCAUUCUUUCCUCUUUCAUAGGGUUUAUCAUUGCCCAGCAAAUCACUGAUUUAGACCUAAAAUUAAGACUCGGCUGAAUUCUCCCAGCAUACAUAUUUCCACAUUUAUUCUUUCUAGUAUAUGAACUCAGCCUAAACUAGACCCAAUUUGUUAACCAUAGACCAUCUCUUCGGGAACACAAUUCUCUGUGUUGCUUUUGAAUCACUGUGCCAACAAUAGUUAAAAAUGUAUCCACUGAGCUUUAUUUGCUCUGCCAGUUUCACUAUUUUUAUGAUGUAUAAUUUUAGUAAGUAUGUUGGUUAUAAUAGUAAAAUGUAAUACGAACAAAAAUUAGAAAGAGAAAGAAAGAAUAAAAGAUGCAAGGAAACAAAAGAAGAAAUUAAUAUUUCUAUAAUAAAUAAAAAAUAUAAAGAAAUGACUUCCAACCUUUGUCACAAGAAUAAACAAAUUUAGUGACUCUUCAUUUCCUCUUAUGGUAGUUUACAAACAAUUAACUCUUCGACCUAUAUCCCACCCCUUAUCUAUAGACAAAUCUAUAAAACAUUCUCUUUUAAGUCCAUAAAGAGUUGCCUGAGGUAAUUUAUUUUAAAUUUGAUCAAAUAAACCAACUUUAUAUUC